AAUAACGUCUGUAAACAAAGGGCUCAUUGCUUAUCAUUGCUUCCUCCAGAUCUUGUACGCUAAUGAGGGUGAGAGCAAGAAAGAGCAAGAACUGGAACCUCUUCCUGGGGACAAGUCCAGCUACAUUUGCCAUAAGGGUCAUGAGUUCAUUCCCACCCUGUACCACUUCCCAACGAACUGUGAAGCCUGUACCAAACCCCUGUGGAACAUGUUUAAACCACCUCCAGCUCUCGAAUGCAGACGAUGCCACAUCAAGUGCCACAAAGACCACAUGGACAAGAAAGAGGAAGUCAUUGCUCCCUGUAAAGUGAACUAUGACGUGUCUACAGCUAAAAAUCUGCUGCUGUUAGCAUUGUCUCAGGAGGAGCAGCAGAAGUGGGUUAGUCGGCUCGUGAAGAAGAUCCCCAAAAAACCUCCAGCACCAGAAGCCCCUCACCGCUCUUCUCCCAGAGUUCCUGUUAAAGUACAAAGCAGUCAAUCCAUGAAGAGACCCAGCCGACAAAUACCCUCCGGCAAACCCAGGCCUCUGGAUUCGGAGCUUCAGGACUGGCACUGGGCUCUGGAUGACGUGGAUGACGUAGAUUAUGAACAUACGUUUAAUUUCUGAGGAGCAUGUGUAGGGUUGAAACAGGGUAACUGCUUACAUAGGGGCUCUGUUCCAAAACCUCCUAAUCCACCCACUUUGGCAGCAUUUAGAUUAUUUGCUGAUGUAUAAUACACACUAAGGUAAUACUUACAGUUAGUAAUGUGAUAACAUAAAUGUUAUCAAAUGCUAAAUGUUAUCCAUUUUUAUACAGUACAUUA